AUGCAAAUGGCCCACACCGUCGGAUCACCCGCCGUCCCAACAGCCGACAGCACCGGCGCUAGUGCCGGCACCGUCAGCGGCGGCAACGGCGACCGCGGCACCGGCACCGGCAGCGGUGGCGGCGGCGGUGGCGGCGGCGAAGGCAGUUCCAGCACAAGCCAUUCCCGCGCGUCGGGCUCAGCGGUCGGGAGAGCGCGCAGCGAAGCCGCCGUUAUAGACAUCGUCAGUAUUCCCGAGGAUUCGCCCUUCGACGCUCGCACCUCCUCUGCUCUCCUUGCCAACCCCCCCUCCGCUGCUGCCGCUGCCGACUCUUCCGCACAAUCGCUGCGCCAUCCCCCCGCCGCCUUCACUCCGGACUCAUCUCACGCGUUCUCCGCCGCAACUCCCGGCGCCAGUUCCUCUUCCGCCGAUCUCGCGCUCCUCCAGCCGCCCUCCGCCAACCCGCGCUCGCGCUCUCCGUCCCGCUCCUCCUCCCGCUCCUCCUCCUCCGCCUCGUCGUCCCGCACGUUCAGCUUCGCCGCGGCUCGGAGCUUCUUCAGUGGCCGACUCGGCACGCUCUCGCGCCGCCAUAACGACCAGCAUCAAUCCUCGGACGCGACCCGGCCGGUUCCUGACGCGGGUGGAGCCGCGGAGAGCAGCGGCGGCGUAAGCGGCGGAGGCGGCGGCUCGGUGGAGGCAGCCAGGGAGGAGAAGGAGGUGCGGGGAUGGCAGUCGUCGGUGUUCGCGCCGCUGCUGCUGCGCCCCGCGCUGCGGAGGCGCGCAGCGAUGCGCGGAGUGGAAGAGGCGGAAGAAGGGGAGGAAGGGGGAGAAGUGUGCGAAACGAGCGAGGAAGCUUCCCUCGUUCCGCACGUGUGUGACUCAGCGUGUUCCGCGGCGCGCGGGUGCCCGAGGGAGCGCGGAACCGCCCCCGAUAGUAGCGCUGUCGGCGGCGCGCACGCGCUGUCCGCGUGGGAGGCGGAGGAGCGCGAGCGGGAGAGGGCGCUAGAAGCUGCGGAAGCGGCGGACGGGGAGGGGGAGCGCGCGGAGGACGAAGAGGACGAGUACUGGGGGGCUCCGGGCGUGUCUAUAUUCGAUAGUCCCCCCCCGGAGGCCAUGCAAGCGCCCAUAGGGUUCGGGGGAGCGCUUGGCGGGGGGAGGCGGGCGACGGGGGAGGCGGAGUGGGGGAGCGGGUGCCCGCGGUUCCUGCAGGGGCUGCGCGAAACGGGGGGGGACUGGUGGCAGGAGCGGCAGCUGCGGUGGCGGAAGAGGAGGCGAGAGGGGGAGGAGGGCGGAGGGGGGGAGGGCGGGGAAGGGGCUGGGGGGGAAGGGGGUGGGGAGGAAGGGGAGCGAGCAGGGCAAACAACCGGCGGGCAUGGCAGCAUCGGUGCUUUUGGCAGCGGCGGCGGCAGCAGCAGCGUCAAGCCCAGCGUCGCGAGUAGCAUGAGCGCCACGAGCAGCACCAGCCUGAGCACCACUAAAACCUUCCGCUACCCCGCCAGCGCAUCCCAAGCAGCAUUCCCCCGCGGCGCAUCCUCCUCCCCUUACCCCAAAUCCUCCACACUCGGAGGCGGCGCGGGAAGAGUCGGAGCAGCAGGCAGCAGCGGCACCAGCAGCAGCAUGACGGAGUGGGGGAAGCAGCGGUGGUGGUUCGGGCGGGUGAUUGACCCGCGGAGCCCGGCAAUGAGUCGCUGGUCGCGCUUCUAUGCAGGAAUCACAGCAGUCUCUCUCUUCUCCGACCCCUGCUUCCUCUACAUGCUCUCCUUUUCCAGCGACUCCUCCUGCCUCUACAUCCAGGGCCCGUUUGUGAUAAUCAUGGCGUCCAUUCGCACGCUCUGCGAUGUGUUCUACCUGAUCAACUCUUGCCUCGCGCUGCGCACGUCGUACGUGUCCCGGGAGAGCAUGGUGCUGGGGACAGGGGAGCUCAAGACGUCGGCGCAGGAGGUCGCCGUGCAUCAUCUCAGGUCCUGGAGCGGGCUUUUCCUCGACAUUCUCGUGGUUCUGCCCAUCCCGCAGGUUCUCUGCUUGAUCGCCGUGCCGUACUUUCUGCUGCAGGCCAAGGAAGGGGAAUACGGGUACGUGGAGGAGGGCAUCGGAAUCAUGCUCUCGUUCAUGCUGCUUCAGUACUGCGUGAAGGUGUAUCACACUUACGUGGUGGCACGGCGGCAGCAGAGGGUCAACGGGUAUGUCUUCGGCACCUCCUGGUGGGGCUUCGUGUUGAACAUGCUCGUGUUUCUCAUCACCGCGCAUGGCUUCGGAGGGCUGUGGUAUGUCCAGACGGUGCAGUCAGCCAUUCAGUGCCUCAUAGGGGAGUGCAAUGACUCUAAACCCGCCUGCACGCACGACUGGCUCACCUGCCCGGAGCAGUUCGCAUGGGGGGACAUGCCGCCGCCGCAGAACAACAAGCAGGCGGCGUGGGGCGGCAGCACCAACGUGACAGACAACUGCUUCCCGCCGUUCGGCACCUCGGGAAGCUACAACUAUGGAAUCUAUGACUUUGCAGUGCAGCUGCUAAAAGAGCAAAGCCCUCACGAGAAGAUCAUGUACGGGAUUUUCUUCGGAAUCAUGACUCUAGCAACGUUCGGCAACGCACUCGUGCCGUCCGCGAGUAUAGGCCAGUCGGUGUUCGCGCUGAUCAUGGUGAUAUGCGGCCUGCUGCUCUUCACGUCCCUUAUCGGCAACAUCGAGGUGUUUCUGCACUCCAUGACGGCCCGCAUCGAGGACAUGCAUCUUAGGAGACGGGACUUAGACUGGUGGAUGCGGCGGCGACAGCUUCCGACAGACCUCCAAAUGAAGGUGCGGCGGCAGGAGCGGCACACGUUUGCGUCAACCCGAGGCCUGCACGAGGAGGAGUUGCUUGACGGGCUACCGGACAGUCUUCAGAGGGACGUGCGGCGGCACUUAUGCCGCGGGCUGGUGCGGCGGGUGCCGCUGUUUGAAGCAGUCGACGAGGCCGUGGUGGAUAAUAUCUGCGCGAGGCUGCGCUCCGUGGUGCUUAUAGCGGGGACGCAGGUGGCCAGGCGGGGAGAGCCAGUAGAGGAGAUGCUGUUCAUAGCCCGGGGGUUCCUGCGGGGGGCAGCAGUAGCCGCACGGUGGGAGCGGGGUUCUCUUCCUUUACCAGCGGCUCGCGUGGGAUGA